CCUCUAAAAUGUGUUAGCCACGCUAAAAGACCGUAUAAAAAUAAUUUCAGUUAAACUUGAAUUUCUUUCUCAAAGUGCAAGAUUUAGUGCUCUUUCAGUUGUAUUCUCGCCAUACAGAUAUGGCCAAGUUGGGUCUGAAAAAACUACUCGUAACUCUUGCCUCUAUUUCGGGGAUUGGAAAGCCGUGUGUUGCUCACGUUUUGGUCGUGGUUUUCUUGGAGUAUUUCGCCUGGGGCCUGCUGACAAUGCCCAUGAUAGCCACUUUGAAGGAAACCUUCCCAGAUCACACAUUCCUGAUGAACGGUUUGGUGAUGGGUGUCAAGGGAAUACUCUCGUUUUUAUCAGCCCCCCUGAUCGGAGCAUUAUCGGAUAUCUACGGUCGGAAGUUGCUGCUGCUGAUGACAGUGACCUUCACUUGCCUGCCGAUCCCCAUGAUGACGAUCGACAAUUGGUGGUUCUUUGCGAUCAGCGCGAUAAGUGGAAUUCUGGGAGUUAGCUUCUCGGUUGUGUUUGCCUAUGUGGCGGAUGUUACGACCAAGGAUGAGCGGACCAGAUCUUAUGGAUUAGUAUCGGCCACGUUUGCCGCCAGUUUGGUGAUUGCCCCGGCCUUGGGAAAUCUCAUCAUGGAACUUUAUGGCAUUAAUACUGUGAUAUUGAUAGCCACGCUUGUUUCCACUUCAAACGUGAUCUUUGUACUGCUGGCAGUUCCCGAAAGUUUGCCGCGAAAAGUGAGAUCGGCUGGACUGAGCUGGAAGCAAGCGGAUCCCUUUUUGGCCCUACUAAGAGUGGGUUCAGAUCCCAAUAUCCUGCUACUGUGCAUUGUGGUCUUCAUGUUUCUACUCCCCGAAGCUGGUGAAUAUUCUAGUGUACCGGCCUACCUUAAAUUGUCGAUGGGAUUCGGUUUCGUGGAACUGUCGAUGCUGGUGGCUUUCAUGGCCAUUUUGAGCAUAUCGAUAAACGUAUCCUUGGGAUCUAUUGUAAAAAUUAUAGGUGCCAAGAAAUCCAUAUUGUUGGGCCUAUUUUUGGAGCUGCUGCAACUAGUUCUGUAUGCCGUCGGAGAUGAAAAGUGGCAAAUGUGGCUGGCUGGAAAUGUGGCCGCAUUGAGUUCUAUUACUUUUCCGGCCGUGAGCGCUUACGUUUCUCUAUAUUCGGAUGGUGAAAGUCAGGGAGCAGUGCAAGGGAUGAUCACGGGAAUGUCAGGAUUGUGUAAUGGACUUGGACCCGCUGUAUUUGGUAUCGUAUUCUAUCUAUCCGACAUGGACUUGAAUGAAGAUCGGCUUCUAAUCAGGAGUGUAAAUCGAGAUCGAACUGCUGCGGGUCCGUUUAUGUUUGGAGCCAUAUCUGUGUUUAUUGGCAUUCUUCUAGCCUCAUACAUUCCAGAUGAAAAGACAGCUAGAGGCAGUAAAGAGGAAUUUUCUGCCUUAAAGUACAUCAUUGAAAUGGACGAGGAGGUGCCAACAUCUUAGAUUUAUUAAAAAUAAAUUGAUUUAAUUUUUAUGUUUGUUAUUUUAAGACAUCACUUGAUUUUUUUUACAAAUCAAAUUAAAAUUCACAUAAUGAAACAAAAUUGUUUGUACGUUCUAAAAACUUGGUAGGUUAUACUAAAUGGUAUAUGGCAGUAAAAAUAAAGGUUUUCUUUAAAUGCUCUGUCCGUACAUAUUUUAAUAUACAUAAAAAAUUCUUAUGUAAUUGUUUGAUUUAAUGGGUUAAGGUAUAGACGCUAUGUCGUCCGUUGUCGUCAUUUUAUCAGCUACUUUUCCGCAGCCUCUCAGACAACGACCGCGUCUGUUUAUUUUGGUUUUUGUUUUUAUUUUUCUUGGCAUUUUCCUACUAUUUAUUUAUAAAAUUUGAUUUUGCUCUUCUAUUUUGAAGCACAAAAUUCACAACAGUUUAUUGACUCUUACGUAAGAGUCUUUGGUUUUGUUUGUUUUGCUCAUCAACAUAGCCCAAUCAGUAGCAAACAAAAUUUGCCAAAAAGAUAAUUUAUGCACAACAAUUGCAGAAUCCCAUAAAUAGAUCAAGCUCCCCUGAUGUCCCAUGUUGCCCAAUCACUUGGCAAACGAAUAUUCCUGUUUGGCUGACGUAUUCUCUUUCAUUUUUUUUGGUUUUGCUCAAACACAGGCAGCGCCGAAAACUUUCCAUUUGAACAAGCGAGUCCCAAUAAAUAUGUACGUAAAGCCCAGCGAAAGAGAGCCAUAAAAAUCAGAAUAGAGUGUGAUUAUAGCGAAACACGUGCAGGCAAAAACCUAUUCUCUCACUCUCUCGGUAAACUAAAAUAUUGGGAGAAUGUGUCUCACUGGGAAAACACUAUUUAACUGAUAUGCAGGGCCGGAUUAGUUGGGGGCGAGGUGCCAAAAUGGCAUUCAAUUUGGUGGUAUUAAAAUGAUUUCACGUCUUACUAAACACAUACAAUUCUAGUACCGUAUUAUUAAAAAAGAAAACAAAAUAAUAUAUAAGGGAGAAUGUAUUUAAAUUUCAUCCAAGUAAAUCACCUAAUAACCUUUUUUCAAAUACAUUUGAUCAAAUUGUU